GAAGCAAUUGGUAGUCAUACAAACGUGUCCGACUGAUUGCACUGCACGAUAGAAUAGCAUAAAAGCAACGGCCAAUGCAGAAGGACCAUCAAAUUCGUGAACGAGCCCACAAUGCCCUCUCCCAAAGUCUGGUUUAUAACGGGGACGUCCUCAGGGUUCGGAAGACUCAUGACAGAGCACGCCCUCAAUCAAGGCGACAUCGUAGUAGCAACCCUUCGCAAACCAGAGGUCCUGGCCGAUCUCACAGCCCGAUACCCAGCAGACAAACUCCUCGUGCUCAAAGUCGACGUCACCAAACAAGAAGAUAUCGACGAAGCAUUCGCGCGCACGCGUGAGGCGUUUGGACGGCUGGACGUGGUUGACAAUAACGCGGGUUAUGGAAUUGUCGGGGAGAUUGAAGGCACACCUGUCGACAAAGCGCGCGAGCUUUUCGAAACGAAUUUUUGGGGCGCGACGAACGUUAGUCGUGCUGCAGUGAAGUUCUUCAGGGAAGUGAAUGAACCGGGUAAGGGGGGGAUAAUUCUUCAAGUUAGUUCGGCUGCUGGGUUUUAUGUGCUUCCUGGAUUGGGCUAUUAUGCUGCGGUUAAACAUGGUAUGAAUCUUGAGCUUGAUGUGUGGAAAGUUUGGUGAUUGAUGUGAUGUACAGCGCUGGAGGGAUUCACGGAUGGCCUCGCCAAAGAGCUGCCAGCUUCCUGGAACAUAAAGAUCUGCAUAAUUGAACCAGGUGCAUUCCAAACGAACGCGUUGAGUGGGUCAUUGCUGUUACCGCAUCAUCCAGCAUACGACGAUGAGUCCUUUCCGACUCGUGCGUUGCGUCAGAGUAUAAAAGGCAUGGUUCUCGAUGGAGAUGCGGAAAAGUUCACGCGGACUGUUUAUGAGGUCGC